GUAGCGUUUGUGUAGCUGGGAAAGAGACCUUCUCGGGUCUGCGACGCCAAAGGUGAUUGGCAGGGCUGCGAUGUUCCAUGAUAAGUAUUGGGCGCUCGAUUGGCACCUUGGCAUCAAAGUGCCCUAUUGCGGCCCGGUCGUUUUCUUUAGAGAUUCCAGUGGGGCUUACUACCCCAGCGGUGGAGUGAAGAAUUACGCCUUUGACAAACUUGAGGUUGCUGAGGAGUACAUGAGAUUUCACCUCACCACUUGCUUCGACGCUGAUGGUAACGAGGAACCGGACAACUACAAACAGGUGUCUUUGCAUUUGCAGAAGUUCGUCGGGUACGGCAUGCGGGCCGCAGCUAUGCCUGGUUUCGAUAAGUCGCGGAAAAAACACGGCUCGCAGGUUGUGAUGCUCCGUUCUUUCGACUUCCUCAAGAGAAUUAACUGCUACAAGGUGUCUAGCCAUGUGUGCAAGGUGGAAAGCAAAUUGGCGCUCUCGGCACCCCUCAUACCGUUCGAUAUUCAACUUGACGAGUUCGCAUCGAAGCUUCGGUCUUAUAAAUUGCAGGUGUUGGGCCUGGCUAUUCUACACAGUGCGAUCUCUGUUCGGUCGCCGCAUGGCGGUGGGGACCCGGGUGCUCGACAAAAUAGCUCUGUGAAAAUUACCGAAUGUGACAAGGUCGUAGAGAAGUCAGAGCCUAUCCAGAAGUCUGAUCUCGAGCCGGGUUCUCUAACGAAUACGGUGUCCAAACGGUCCGCGUCGGGUUUGAAGCGAGGGCAAGGUCCGGCGAAAGUUUCAUCUUCACGUCAUGCUGGUGGCAGCGAACUUCCGGAGGAGUCUGAGAAGACGGAGGACGACUUAUCAGCUAAGCAACAUGUGGGAGUCGGGGACGACGAGGAAGGGGGGGGGAAAGAUGAGGAUGGGGGGACGACGACGAAGGUGGGGAUGAUGAGGAAGACGGUGACGACCAUCGUGGCCUCGAAGACGGCGAUGACGACGAGGGACCUGGGGGUGGGGGGGAGGAGGACGAAGACAACUACGAAGCGGGGAGCGAAGGGGAUCAGGACGAAGCCAAUGACCACGGAGUGUUUGUUAAUGAACGCUAUGGAACGGCCAGAGAAACAGAAAGAGUGGGACAGAAACACAUUCACUCUGGCUCCUGUUAUAGAAGUCAUGCGGAACGGGCAGAAACAGUGGCAACGUUUGAAACCCAAGGAGUGGAGGGACGAGGAUGUCAGUUCGUACCAUUGGUACGCCAUGGCAGGCCAACACACGGCGAAAGCUGCGAAGAGAUUGGAGGUAGCGAACUCUCCAGCUGCCAGGAAAUGGGGCGUGCGGUCCUGGAAAGCGCAUGCGGUGUACUUCGAUGAUGACCAUCUUGACGGGUAUGCCUACAUUUCCACAUUUAACAACACGAGGGAGACUCGAUCUAUCCCGUCGUCGUUCAGAAUGGCUGUCACCGCAAUAAGAGGGUUGUGGCAUCAUAUGAAAUGCCCGAAGGGUGACUGGCAUCUGGUGAAAACAAAAGAUGACAAGGUGGCGCAUCAACAGAACUAUCACGCUUUCCUGCGCAAAGCGAUAUGGAUGACACCAGACACCGAGCUCUGGAAUCAGUCGCUAAACAAUAAAUUGGUCCGUAAUUGGUCCAACCUCUUGAGGCCGUUCAUGUGCCUUGCCACCACUGGCAACGCAGUGUGGCAGUUGGUGAACCGGUUCUUCGACAUGUGGGAGAAAGGGGAAUUGCCUGGCCAAGAUGGAGUCAGGCCGGUUGAUCAAGAGGGGAGGCCGGGCGAGGCGGAGAAGGAGAUGGCAUUGGAUAUGAUUUUGGCAGGGAAGGUCGUUGUCACCACCGGCAGGACUUUCGUAAAGAAACUGAUGAACAUGAACGACCUCGACACAGAAGUGCGUAGGGAGAGAUACAUGGUGCGCAUGUUCAACUACGUGCUCUUCAAGUCGGAACGCAGGGGACAGCGUGAGUGGAAUGACGAUUUCUUCAUCGGGUAUGAUGAUAUUAUGAAGAGAUUUGAGCCGCACGGGUUGACGAAAGAGAAAUGGGAGAAGAAGAAGAUGAAACUUCCAGUUGACAGAACGAACAACGUGCCGAAACGACUGGGGGGGGUGGAUGAGGGRAAGUUGGGACARGGGAAURUGGGGGGGUWCAAGGUGAYRACUGAAAUGUAUAUCGAGURCCCGUACUUCCUSAAACUGUUUCWGCAUGAGAUAGUGGGAGCGGUGAGCCAGUUGAAGGACGAGCUUCAGCGSGUCAAYRCAAAUGCACAGCAUAUACUGUGGGAUAAGCGGAAGUGUAAUACAACGUAUUUGCCUGUGUACAUGGCGCCGUUGGAUGGGCUGCAACCGACAGAGGAUUUGAAUCGUGCUGUGAAGAAAUUGAGUUGUCACCUUGCGGUGCUGGACCUGGAUCCCCACAAGAACCUGGAUUCAUGGACGGAGCAGAGGUUUGUGGAACUUCAGCAAAUGAUGAUGGCUGUGUGUGGGACACAUUGGACACUCAUCAUUUUCAGUGGAUUGAAGGGCGAGGACUACAUUCUGAGGAACAUCUUCAGGUGGGGGGGUGUGAAAGUUCUUCCGAGCAGUUGGCGGCGGCAUCAUGGCACACAACCAUCCUCAUGUGUCCCCCUUGGGAAUCUUCCAUUGAGGAGCCACGACUCGAUGACGAUUGUGUUGCACGACACGGGCAAUGACUUCAAAAAAGUCACCGUCCCGUCCAAAAGUGACAAUGUGUUUUUUGACACUAACUACGAGGAGGAUAUGUUCGUCCGUUGCACACAACAGCACAUCGGCGUGGCCGGCGAAGACAAACCUGUUUAUGGGGUUUGGGAAAGAGAGCCAGCAAGAAUGAAGGAGUUGUGUUCAUGGUUUUUGAAGGAGGGGGAGGGUGUGCUUCUUCUGGGUGACGUCCAGUCUGGGUCAGUUUGGGACUUGCUUCGAUCUGGCCGUCAUGUGGUGGCAUGUGACGACUCUACCACCAUGCUCGAAUUUUGUUCGGCGUUUAUUGAUCGCCUCGUCCAUAAUCCCGAAAGUCGUUGUCACUUCGAGCGGCCCAAAACUCAGCAUCGGUCGGACCGAGACAUGUUCCUGAAACUCGAGAAGAAGAGAGAAUCUUUGUGGAAGUACUUGUUCUGCAAUGCUCCUGAUACACGAACGGAGACUGAUUACGUUGCUAGAAAAGUCGUCACUCUCCAACACCUCCAGCGGUACCACGACGCCAAGAUUGGUGCAAUCGAGAUAUUUCUGGCACGUUGCGAGGACCUGUGGUUCGACAGAAAAAUGCGCCGCAUCGACGCAAGGAUUUAUAACGAAGCGUUGGAGCCUCAAGACCGUUUCGAUAUAAUGGACAGUGAAGAGGAUACCAAUGAUGACGAGAUCCACCUGCCGCUGCCUGAUGCAAGAAACCACGCAGCUGACGAGAACAUGCGCACUGGGUCCUUAUCGGAGGGGGACCCGAUGGUGGUUGAAGUCGGGGGACCGACAAUGGCCAGCUGCAAGACCGCCCAGCUCACACACACGCAGACGUCAUCCGUAGGAGAUGGUACCGAGGCAAGCAUUUCGAAAUGGAAAGACAAGAGAGGCGCCCCAGGGUUUCCAAUGCUGAUGCGAAAAAUGUUCAACCAAGUCAUGAAAAUGCAAACAAAGAACCAAACUCAUGGUCAACAUGACGACGCAGGCCCUGGGGAGGAUAACAUGGGUCUGGAGGACAAUCCGUUGUUCCAUAUUCCAGACGACGAGGACAAAGAUCUAACUCUUGGAGAUGAAAUCGAAAGUCACAUGAAGGAGAGCACAGGGGGACCUCACUUUUUGGACACCAAGUUCACAGAGACUGAGGUGUACAAAUGGGGCCAUCACAUCAUAUGGCAUCCGGGUCUUUUCGAGCCAUGGGAAAAGACGGCAGGUCCGGGAUGCGGUGGGGAAGGGGCAGGAAAUACAAAGGAACAGGCGGAAAAGGACGCCACAACCGACGAAGAUGCGGGAGAUGCCGGAGAUGGGGGUGCCCAGCGGGUGCCGAGUGGACUGGGAGACCCGCUUUCGGCAGCCAACACAGACAUGUCGUCACAUGGUGGACGUAGUGGGGGGGAGCACGAUGCGGGAGAUGCACUGGUAGUCGGAGGAGCAAGCCUGCAGGACACUACCGAGUCUUCAGCGGAUAACAGAGUUGAGGGGGACAAACUUCUGCACAUGGUAUGCACUGGCUCUGGCUCGCAGAUAGCCCCAGACUCAAUGGAGAGGGAAGAAGGUGGUGGUAUGGAGGGAGUUCGUAUGGCACAUGGUCGUGAAGUGGGAGAUGAUGAUGAGGAAGCUGACACGGAUGCGAACCUUGAUCACAACAUGGACGUGGACAGCGAGGAUGGUUUGGGAAAGGAAGCUUCCUGUCGUGGCCGAUCCGGUGGCAGCAGCUCGAAUGUGAUCAACUUGAUCGAGCAAUCAGUUAACCAGUGCAAUGAAUGCGAAUGCAGCUGUGUACAUGGCUGGACUAUUCACUUAGCAACGGACGCCCUCAAUGAGACCGAAGAAGAGGCAUUACGUCACAUGAGUAUAGAGCUGAAUAAUACGAAAACAUUGACAAGCACGAAGAAUGAAGCUACCGGAGAGCAGUUGUUAUUCACCGUGCAUGAUUUCAGCGUCCUCAUGAACGAGAAUGAGUGGUUGAACGACAACAUUGUGAAUUUCUACAUGAAAAUGAUUCUGCAUGACAACAAUUGCAGAACAUUUCAUCAGGAAUGUGACAAUCCGUUUGACAAGUCCAAUGUAUGUAGUACGAGGACGAUCCCCGUCACAGCUGCAUAUAGCUCAUACUUUUUCACUAAACUUCUAGGCAAGAACAUGGAAUAUAAGUACGACGAAGUUGCUAGAUGGUUUUGGGAUGUCAUCAUAGCAGACACGGAGUUGAUUCUAGUGCCAUAUCACGAUACGAAAAAGAAACACUAGACACUUGUUGCAGCCGACCGUCG